GCCUGCCGCGCGCGCCGGACUUCUAUGGUUGAGGACACUUCCGCCUCCUCGCCGGACUGAUGUCGGAAGACAAAGACAUUGCUUCAGUGCCUCAUUCCUGUGUCAAUAUCUACCUGCUUUUCAGAGAGAUACAAGAAGCCAGUAGACACAGGCUGCCAGACACAAUCACCAAAGACAUGUUCAGUUGGGACACAGUUUUCCAUAAAGACUCUCCAACCGCAUGUCAGAAGUACAGGGACACAGACAACCCUACACUAUACAGACAUCUGUGAAGAACAUUUCCCCGAGAAGCAAUAGUGGACCUCAAGGAUGCAGCAGGAUGAGCCCCAGAUCCCUUAUAUUAAAGAGGAAGAAAAGAAACACCCACAUUUUAAAUUGGAAGAGGAGGAGCCGCAGUACCCUCAGAUUAAAGGGGAGGAGGAGGAGCCAAAUCAACUCCAUACUAAAAAGGAGGAGAAGCCACAUACCUAUUAUUAUAUUAAGGAAGAAAAGGAGUCGGAGCCCUCCCUUAGUUUACAGAUAAAGAGGAGUCAUAGCGCUGCCCACAUUAAGGAAGAAGAGGAGGAACAUAUCAUCAGUCAGGAGGGAGAACAUCUUGAACGGUUACAGGAGUUCCCAGUGAUUGGUGUGUUUGUGAAGAGUGAAGAUGAUGUCAAAAGUGAAAGUGAGGAGAAGAGAGAGGCGGAGCUUCCAAGCAGCAGCUCAACUCAACACAUGACAACAGAAGCUGAUGGAGACCACUGUGGAGGAUCACAAGCAGACAAGAUCUUAGCUCCACUAUCAGACAGUGACGACACAACGUCUCACUCUCCUGACACUGAUGAUGAAGACUCUGAAGAUGAUAAGACACCUCACACUGACAACACACACUUUACAUGUUCUCACUGUGGCAAAACUUUUAAACACCAUUAUCGUCUGGUAAGACAUAUGAGAAUACACACUGGAGAGAAACCUUUUUCCUGCUCAGUGUGUGGUAAAGGUUUGGCACAUAAAAGUGUGCUGAAAGAACAUAUGAGAAUACACACUGGAGAAAAACCUUUUUCUUGUUCAAUUUGUGGCAAAGAUUUUAUUCGAAGCAACUGUUUGAAAACACACAUGACAACACAUACUGGAGAAAAACCUUUUUCCUGCUCAGUAUGUUGUAAAGGUUUUUCACAUAAAGGUGUGCUGAAAAAACAUAUGAAGAUACACACCGGAGAAAAACCUUUUUCUUGUUCAAUCUGCGGUAAAGAUUUUCCUCUCAGCUACCGAUUGAAAGUACACAUGACUACACACACUGGAGAAAAACCCCUUUCCUGCUCAGUAUGUGGUAAAGGUUUUGUACACAAAAGUAGGCUGACUGGACACAUGAGAACACACACUGGAGAAAAACCUUUUUCUUGUACAAUAUGCAGUAAAGGCUUUACUGAAAGGCAUCGUUUAAAAACGCAUUUGAUAACACACACUGGAGAAAAACCUUUUUCCUGCUCUGUAUGUAGUAAAGGUUUUGUAGAUAAAAGUGUGCUCAAAGUACACAUGAGAACACACAUUGGAGAAAAACCAUUUUGUCGUGUAAGCUGCAGUGAAGAUUUCAGUGAAAGGUAUCAGUUGAAAUCACACAUGAGAGCACACACCGGAGAUGAAUCCUUUUCCUGCUCAGUAUGUGGCAAAUGUUUUACACAUGCCUGCGGAUUAAAAAUACACAUGGAAACGCACACUAAAGACAAGCCUUUUUUUUGCUCGUUAUGUGGUAAAAGUUUUGCACGAAGUGGCGGAUUGAAAAUGCACAUGAGAAUGCACACUGGAGAAAAACCGUUCACCUGUUUAAUCUGUAGGAAAGGUUUUGUUCAAAGUCAAUGUUUGAUAGCACACAUGAGAACACACUGGUGAAAAAACAACUCCCUGUAUAAACCUCAACAAAAAGCUUUGGUGAACGGAUAAGCUUUGUAGUACUCAGAAUGCACAGUGUUGAGUUCAGUGAUGUGCGGUGAACUAUACACCAAUUGAGGCAUAGAUAUUUUUGGAGGUUUUUUUCUUCUUUUUUUUUAACUUAAAUUCAUAUGAGCAGUUCUAAACAUUGUUGAUUUAGGUUGCACAUUAGAAUAACAGGAAAAGGAAGGGAGUAAUUUGCUUUCAUAAAAACGUUAGAAUGAUAUUAUGGUAUGACAAAUUGGUCAAAAAAGUAUUUGACAAAGUUAUCAAAUACUGUUUGGUCCCAUUUUCUUUUAACAAAAUAAGUAUUGUGAGUGUAUCUUACCUUUCUGUAUUUGUAUCUGAAGCAGCAAAAACCCCCACAAAUGCUGGCCUACUCUAACAAAAAUGCCAUGUUUGAUAUAAAUACAGUCUUUUACCCCUCCUGGAGGCAAGGUGAGGCAGUGCCUCACUUGCCUCUCCUGACUGCACUUCACUGGUUGAGUUACAGUGUGUGAAGUAAAAGAGUCUCUCCUAAGUACCAGUGUAAGAAACACAAGUGUGCUGGUGUGUGUAACACAAUUUUGUCAAUAUGCGUCUGAGUCCUUUUAGAAAAGUACAUGAAUUAUUAUGUAAUAUUGUGUACUUUGAUUUUAUAGAACAGAACAAUUUAACAGAACAGGUGUAAGUUAACAGUACAAAACUUUGCACACACCAACAUGUGUAUAUAGAUAUUUAUGAUUCACUUCCAUAUUUAUUCUCAAUAGUGUUUUGAAUAGGCUAUUGUAAUGAAGUAUUGCAUAUAUUUAUUUUUAAUCGUGGAAUAUUCCAUGCAUGAAGUCUUUUUAUAUAAUGUACAUAUUUGUUUUACAUUUCUUCAUUUCUUUGCUUUUGAGUACACAUAUAUCCCUCUGAAUUCAUAUUUACUAGUUCACAUCUGAAACAUCUUCUGGACCACUUCUGGAAGCAUAUUAUUAUUUACUUUAUACAUUAUUUGAGCAGUUGUGUUUUAUACAAGAUCAUGUACUUUUAAAAUGUGUGAUUGUAUGAACUAUUGGGUUUUGUUUAUCCAUUCUAUUCAUUAUCUUUAUUACUCUUGUAUUGUGAAUAUUGUUCUGCGAUUGUUUUGUAUAAAUUUCCCCAGAUCUUUAUUCAAUAUACAAUGUAUGCUUCAACUAAACAGGGUUACAGUAAAUGUAGUUCAUGUUUAUAA